AUGAUGGAAACGAGGUGGAGGUCGUUAUGGCUCUUGCAGCUCACCCUCCUGGUCAUUGUGAUGAUGUUGUCAUGCCGACCAGUGUGCGGUGGUACCCGGACUCUAAGGGCAAGCACAGGUCAGUACCAGGUAAAGCAGGGUACGUGUGAGGUCGUGGCGCUCCAUCGCUGCUGCAAUAAGAACCGGAUCGAGGAGCGCUCGCAGACCGUCAAGUGUUCCUGUUUCCCCGGAGAGGUUGCUGGAACGACCCGCGCUCAGCCGUCCUGCGUCGAAGCGUCCAUCGUCCUGCAGAAAUGGUGGUGUCAGAUGCACCCGUGUCUGGAUGGGGAGGAGUGUAAGGUUCUGCCGGACCUCACGGGAUGGUCCUGCAGCACGGGCAACAAAGUCAAAACCACCAAGGUCACGCGAUAGCGAGAGCACGGCUGCCCCCGACAGUUCCAGGAGACCUAAGACUCUUUAAC